UUUAGUUUUUUAUAUAUGUUUACAUAUGUAAAAAUAAAAGAAAUUUUUAUUUAUCCUUUAUUUCUUGAUUAUUGUUAGUUUGGAUAAAAUUGAUCUUUUCAAUAUUUUUCAAUUAAAACGAAUGUAACUUGAAACCCACCAAGUUGUAAAUUACAGAGAAACAGGCAUACAAGAUGUCAGGGAUAGUUAUGGUCUUCGAACAGAAUUUACCCAUUGUCUUGCCCGUCUUUGAAAACCAAUUUUACAAUUUUAUAAAAAUAUCAAAACACUAAUGUCCGAAAAACAAUAAUAAAUCUGGAAUUUAAAAUUGGUAGUAAGCGUUGUACUUGUAUUAUUCGUAUUGGUAUUUGCUGAGCUAUUAGGAAUGUGUAGCGUAUACCUCAUUUUAUUUACAGAGACAUGUUAGUACGUUUGUUUGUGUUUUCAUGUAUAUUACACUCGUCUUCAUCCCUGGCAAUAGGACUUCCUUUCCAGGUUGAUAUCUGGGAAAGUGUUUAUGAAUUGGCAAACUGGAUCUAUGAUUCUUCAACAUAUGCUCAGAAUCUUAUUCAAACUCAAAUAACAGACACACAAGAUGUUAUACAGACAACACUCAGAGGUUCCAGAGCUUAUGUAGACAGUAUCCAGGAUAGAGUUGAUGUUCAGAGACAACAAGUUUUCAAAACCUUAGAGACUGCUAAGAAUAGAUUUGAAGAGUACAAUAAUGAAGUUUAUCAGGGGUACAGAUCUGUUAUACGACAAGGUGAAGAUGUGGUGGUCAGGGUUUCAGACUUGUAUCAAAAUCUCAACUUUGAUUCUGAAAACUUCAGAUUCCAUGUUAUCCUGGAGCAGGUUUCCCUUCCAACAAUAGAAAAUAUCUGUGGUUUGACGGGACUUAUUUGCUCAGACUGCAAUAGGUUAGGUCUAACAUGUGAAAAUACAAGAGAUGCUUCGCGUCCCUGUCAAUUUUAGCUUUGAAGGGUCGCUUUUCAUG